AUAUUUGGGGGGGGGGAUGGAGGAGUGGGGGACCCCCUGGGAAGCACUGGGAGGAUGGAGGGGAGAAAUCCCCAAUGCUGCCCCCACAAGUGCUAGGGAAUUUCAAAUGACAGUCAUCUUCGACUGUCUGCAGUGCAGAGAGGGCAGACAGCUCUGCAUCUGGAACAUCCGGAUUUAGGAUGCUGUUAGUGACUCCCUAUUCCUUCCCUCCCGUGCCAGGCUGGGCACUGCCACAUUUCAUCAAGCAGUUCACCAGGAUAUGUGACCUGCUUUGUCCCUACUGCUCUCCUAGGCUUAAUGACUCAACUCCCGAGGAGUCUGGCUGCAUCCACGCACUUUGCUGCAGUCUCGGCAGCUUCCCAGCAUCAGGACUCAGCUGAGAUGAAAGCAGUGUCAUAGUGCAUCCCGCACGGAUGACACAGGGCCCUGAAUCCGCACACUCAUUUUUCCUUAUUCGUGCAGCAGCCAGCCCUUGAACUCAGGGCAGCGGAGAGCUGUGAGGAGUCAGGGCGCAGAAUUGGCACCUCAAGUUAAAGAACACACUUCUGAUUUAAUUGUUCAGGUCAUAAGGCCAUAGAAAAAGGAAAGUUAGAGAAUAUCAACAGAGUUAUUUUCAGUUAUGCUCAGGUAUAUAUUUUUAUACAGGCUCAUGACUAAGGAGAUUUAAGUGGCAGCCCCUUAAGGGAAAGCUUUUCAGCUAUAGGAUGAACAACUGCAGAUGCGAUUGGCAUGAUGCUAACCACUGCUAUUUAGAUAUUGCUCUGCAGCAUUUCAUAGAAUCAUGGAAUCACUAAUCCUCCAGGACUGCCAAGUCCAACUGUCAGCCCAACACUCCCAUGCCUACUAAACCAUGUCCUGAGGUGCCACAUUUAUGUGGUUUUUUUUGAACCCCUCCAGGGUUGGAGACUCCACCACUGCUCUGCUAGGGCUUCACCACUUGCAGUAUAGAUUUUUUUUUCCUAUUAUCCAAUCUAAACCUCCCCUGGCACAACUUGAGGCCAUUUCCUCUCGACCUAUCACUGCUUGGAAGAGAAGAUUUGUUAUCAUUGAUGUUCAUAAAGGCAGAACAAACACCCAGAUGCCUCCCUCUGCAGGGGAAGUUCUUAUUAAGAAGCAGAUUUCUGCAGCAGCAGAGAUUUCUGGAAGGGCUGAUUCCAGUCUGGGAAACUGGCAGACUGUCCAUGAUUGCAGGUGUCAUUGUGGAUGAAUUUAACUAAGGGCUUCGCCUGGAACAUAAAAUAUUGAUCUGCUUACAUGCUCCGGAGUAUUAACUUCAUAGAGGCCUUAAGAAAGCUUCACCCAGCUUGGCCCAAGGAUGGAGUCCCUGCCCGAAGCAGUCCUGAUCAGAAUCCUGGCUUCCAUACCUGCAGUGGAUUUGGUGCUGGUGUGCCGCCUGGUCUGCUGCCAGUGGAAGAACCUGAUUGAUGGAGCAGCACUUUGGAUCCUGAAGUGUCAGCAGGAAGGCCUCACUGGAGCAGAAUCAGAGGACACUGCAGAGAACUGGCAAACCUUCUACUUUCUGAGUAAGAAAAGGAAGAAUCUCAUCAAGAACCCAUGUGGUGAAGAAGACUUGCAGCACUGGGGAGAGGUAGAGAACGGAGGUGAUGGCUGGAAAACUGAAGAGCUCCCUGGGGACUUUGGAAAAGAAUUCCCUAGUGAAGAAGUCCAUAAAUACUUUGUUACUUCUUAUGAGUGGUGUCGAAAGGCUCAGGUCAUUGACCUUCGGGCUGAGGGCUACUGGGAAGAGCUGAUGGAUACAACCCAGCCUAAAAUUGUGGUAAAAGACUGGUAUGCAGGACGCAGUGAUGCCGGCUGCCUCUAUGAGCUCUGCGUAAAGCUGCUCUCAGAGAAUGAGGAUGUUCUCGCUGAGUACAGAAGUGAGACUAUUGCCAUCCCACAGGACAACGAUGCCAACUGGACUGAGAUUUCACACACCUUUUCCAACUAUGGGCCUGGGGUCCGCUUUGUCCGCUUCGAACACGGUGGCCAGGACACACUAUUCUGGAAGGGAUGGUAUGGUGUACGUGUUACCAACAGCAGCGUGACGGUGGAGCCAUAGCUGUGCUGAACUGGAGCCUGCAUGCUGGAGCUUCCCUCAGGGCACCCCAUGGCCUUUGGAUGGUUUCUGCAUGGUGUUGCUUCCAGACUGCAGAGCAUACAACCUUCCUGUGUAUGAACAUGCGUGUGUGAUGCCAGAAGCCACCAUCCAUCUUUCCUCAGGGGGACAAUGCAAAGAACACGAUUAGAUUUAUGAGUGCACUGCGUUAGACUCAGCCUUGCUGCUUGCACUGAUGUUCUCUGUCAGACAUAAGACGACCUAAAAAUCAUGCAGACCUUACUUUUCUCCUCAGCCACCAACCUCUAACGCCCAGCCCAAACUAGACAUUCCUCCUGCCUGCUUCCCAGGCCUGGGCAUCCCUUAACUUUAAGGAGUACUUUGGGCAUAUUUUCUGGAAGUUAAAGAGUGGGGAAAAAGAAAGAAGUGCAUAGACCUUGUGUCUGACAAGGUACCAGAGCCCUGUCACAUCUGUCACCAGCUGCUUCCACGACCUGCAGUGAGAACGUAGCUUCUCCCGUUUAUAAACAAUAGAUGCGAUUGCUUGGCUGCCAAGUGCUAUUAGUUUUUAUUUUAGUGAUAAUGCCAAGCAUUAGGGAUUGGAUCAUUUUCUCUUACGCUGUUCCCAGCAUCUGUUUAUCAGGGAAAGUGUUGGGAACGUAAGUCUCUCUAGCGUCCUGCCCUAGGGCUUCACUUGGCUCCCUCAGACAGAUGGGAAUGGAGAGUAACUGCUGGGAGAGAGAUGACUGGAACUAAAGGGAAUGGGUUAGAAGCAAACUGGGGAGGGGGUCCAGGAGAACAUAUUCAUCUACCCCUUCCCUGAUCUCUGCAUGCUUCAUGCAACACUCACCCUGGGCAUCCUCUGCACCUGACUCUUUGCAGGCAGGAAAUAUUCUUCACCCAGAAAGCUGUUGUUAGCCCCACGUAACUCAGUUCUUCCUGCCUACUAACAGUGUCUGCAGCAAGUACACGUCAGCCUCCACUCCAUAUGCUCCCUGACAAGACAGCACUUUGUACACGCUCCCACUAGUGCCUCGAUACCGCUCAGGGCUGUCAGGCAUCAUCCUGAACAAAGACAUCUCAGCUUCCCUGAGCCAAGCCUGUCCUUGCUAGUCAGCUCUCUCCGAAGAGCAUCCCUCUAAAAGAGCUGGUGUUGCCUAGAGAGAUAGGCACUUAUAUUUUUGUGUCCACCUGCCUGUCUUCCCCUCCUGGGCUGCCAGUGCAUACAUACUUAAAUGCCACUUUGCAUCAAAGUGCACCGUUACCAGUGCAGUGUGCUAACAUUGCCUGUAGCCAAAGGAGAGCUUCCUCUGCUUCAUAGGGCUUUCUGCAGCGCUGCACCUGGAUGCCUCAGGCACACUGGUCUUCCAAACCACAGCUGUGCCAAGCCAGAGCCCAGGCAAACAUAAUAAAAUGACACAGUUGUGUGUGGAUCUUCCCUUGUGUGCGUCCUGUGGUUAAGCAUGCCGCUUCUGUUCGGUUCUGUGGAGUGAUGUUAACCAGUCCUAGCCAAAAACCAGGAGUCGUUAUAUCCUGUAUAAUUCCAUGAGUCUCCCAGAAAGAGGUACGUGCUCCAUCCUCUGACCCAGCAGCCUGAACCUGCCCGAAGCGCUUCACGUGGAACAGGUUUGCAGAGCAGCAGAGCUGCCCUUAAAGCAUAGCGGGAAGUCAUUCAAGGCAUGGAGGAGGUCCAGGCUCCUACACAGCCCGACAAAUGCCCUCCAGAUCAUUUGUAACUGUAGCUCUGCUGUGAGCUCAGCCUUGGUUCAGACCCAGGAGAGACCAGAACCAGUUCAAAAUUUCCCCUCCAUUACCCCUGCACACGAUGCCACUUUAUUCACAGCCUUUAGUGCAGCUGACAAGGUUGCUAAUUAAUAUUCAACUCACUGCCAGCUCUGCCCCAUGGAAGAAAUGAGGCCUCUGACUGUCGGAAUUGGUACAGUGAGGGCAUCAAUAUAGAAU